AUGGAAGGAACACGCAUCGCAAUUAUCGGUGCUGGUACCUCGGGCCUAACGGCAAUAAAGCAAUGUUUAGACGAUGGCCUUGUUCCAAUUUGCUUUGAGAAAAGUAAUUUUAUCGGCGGCCUCUGGAGAUAUCAGGAGGUCGACAAGGAUAAUAAAGAUCCACAUUCUUCAAUAUAUAAAAGCAUUAGAACCAACACUUGUAAGGAACUGAUGUCAUUCUCGGACUUUCCAAUCCCGGUAGAUUGGUCAACGUAUUUAGAUUAUGUUCACGUAGAAAAAUACAUUGAUAUGUACGCUGAAAAUUUUAAUCUUCUACCACAUAUCAAAUUUAAUACCACAGUAUUAAAAGCAUCAAUUCUUACGGACAAGCGUUGGAAGGUCAGAUAUGUCACCCGAGGUAAAGGUAGGGAGGAAGAAGAAAGAGAGGAGAUUUUCGAUUACGUGAUGGUCUGCUCGGGUCAUCAUCAUCACCAUAGAUGGCCAAAGUAUAAAGGAAUGGAUGUUUUUGGUGGUGAACAAAUGCAUUCUCAUUUUUAUAGACAACCAACGAAUUUUGAAAACAAACGUAUCCUGGUCGUCGGUAGUGGGAAUAGUGGUAUGGACAUUGCGGUCGAAUUAUCUCACGUAGCGUCGCAAGUUUAUCUAAGCGCUCGAAAAGGGAGGCUUCCAUGGAUAUAUCCGCUUUUUUUAAAUGGAAAGGCUUACGAUCAUCGUUUGUCCCGUUUUUCAACAUACAUUAUUCCCCUUUCCAUUAAAAGAAAAAGGAUGGAAAAUGCAAUCGUUAAAGAAAAGGGUCCUUUUCCUCCCCAUUUAAAGCCCAAUGAGCCUUUAUAUACAUCGCUCGCUGCUAUAAAUUCUGAAAUCUUUGAACGCCUCUUGGAUGGUAAAAUCAUCGUGAAACCAAACAUCAAAGAACUUAAAUCAGAAAAUAAUAAAAUUGAAUUUGUUGAUGGAACGUCUCUGGAAAAUAUUGAUGUUGUAAUAUAUUCGACCGGGUAUGAUCUCAAAUUCCCAUUUUUAAAUAGAGACAUUAUCACAGGCGGAGAUGAGAUCGAAAAAGAGUACGGAAAGGAUUACAAGGAUGAUUUGGUUUGGAUGCAUAAACUGAUGUUUCCUCCAAGAUAUCCAAAUAUUGCUUUCCUAGGAUUAGUGGUAGGUGCCGGUGCCAUCUUUCCUGUUAGCGAAAUGCAAGCACGGUACAUCACAAGUCAAAUCAAGGGUUUUAUUAAGCCGCUCCCAUCUCCUGCCGAAAUGGACCAAUGCAUACGUGACCGUUAUGAGAGAAAUCGAAAAUUUUAUGUCAAUCCCCCACGUCAUACUAUCCAAGCAAAGCCCCUUUUAUAUCUGGACGAACUGAGCAAAGACAUAGGAUGUUAUCCUUAUUCUUUCGAGAUAAUAAAAAAAUUUGGUUUUGGUUUUUGGAAAUUAAUCAACUUUGGCUUGGCCACGCCUAUUCAAUUUCGAUUAUUGGGAAGAAAUUCUUGGGAAGGUUCAAAAGAAGCAAUUUUGCUGUACAACAAAUGUGCCGCUGGUAAUAAUACUAAAAAACAUAAAGAUUAUAUAUUCUGGGUAUCAUUUUCUACAAUCACAAUAGCCUUAUUGGCGAGCAUAAAAAACUACUGGUGA